AUGGCUCAGUCGACCGACCACCUCGUCGAUCAGAUCGCCCAGCUGAACGCCGCCCGAAACCUCGUCCUUGGCGAUGCUGCCUUCUACCCACAGAUCGUGAACGGUGUCCUUCCGUUAAUUGGCGCAAAUACACGCCUGGAGUUGCGACAAUGGGGAGCGGAGUUCCUGGCUGAGACGUUUGCCAGUCCCGCGUUGGCAUCGGCUCAGAAGGAACAGUUGGCCCCGAAAGUGCUGCAGACAUUACGGGAGAUAUUGGAAUUGCCGGAAAGAGAUCCUAUGGUUUUGAAACAUAUAGUGCAGAAUGCGGCCAGUUUGUAUCCGCUGGUGUUUAGGCAUAUUAUCAAUCACCCCGCAGAGGCAACCGCUUGGGAAAACAUGACAGCCAUUAAACAGGACAUUUUACGCCGAUGGGACUCCUUCCCUUUCCCCGUUAAGAUCUGCUGUAUCAAGUUCGUGCAGCGAGUCGUCCACGUGCAGACGCAUGGUCCCAUCGCCGACCCUAGACGACCCGACCAGAAUGAGACGUCCUUGGCCAUUGUGCCCCGAAACCAUGCAAUUUUGUCUCUUCCAAACUUGGAAGCAGAGGCCUCCGGAUUGCUGGAUCGACUUCUAUCUGUCUUCCAAGAAGAAUCAAGUGAUCCCCUUCUUGUCAAUGCGACAUUGAACUGCCUGGCCGUCCUCAUCCGAACCCGACAGUCCGUGGGUAACAAGAUCAUCAACGCGAUCAUGAACUUCUACCCUGCGAGACAAGUGCGCGCUCCCAUAACCCCCUCGGUCCGAGUCAGUGUGAAGUCGAUGGAACGGACCGCCAGAGCGGUGAUGAUCAAUAUACUCAAGAGGAACCCUAACCACCCCCUGGCGGGCAAGAUGCAGCAAUAUAUCGACCGAUUGAUGCAAUCGCGUAUAGAAGUCGCCGACGAAGCCUCGCGGAAGCGCGGUUUGCCCUCUGAGCCAACAGACGGGCUAGACAACACUAAACGGGCGAAACUCGACGCUGAAACGCCCGCACUGAUCAAGAUUCCGCCGUUGCCACCAGGCCCGAUUAGCUAUUCACAGCUCUUCACACUCACUGAAGACAGGGAGCUGUCGAACUUCGACGUGAAGCAAUUGCCUACCGAUAUUGUACUCAAGAUUGUUGUUCCUCUCCUAGGUCGGGUCGAUCAGUCGAUGAUGCAGCAGUCCAUCGAGGCGAUUCGUAUGCGAUAUCAAACAAUCCAGAAGCAGCAGGCUGCACAGCCUCCAGCGGCGACAGCGGAGGCGGAGGAUGACGACGACUAUGAACCCGAGUACCAGCCCAUGGACAUUCCCGAACCGGCAGCCGAGCAAGCGGAAGCCGUGUCCGCUGAAGUGGCCGACCUCCAACCGGAUCUAGUAUCUCUAGGCCCUUUUGUCUUACCCCAGCCGCCGCCUCUGACAGAAGAUGAAGCCGCAGACAUUGGUCGAAGUGCUGUCGGGAGAGUGUUUGGCAUGUUGACGUCUACCGGAGUUGCCCCUAACCCAGCCAAAGGGAAGAGUCAACAACAACUCGGCUUUGCUCGCCUGGCUGGAAGCACUUUCGACCGUGACGCCUGGAUGACCCUGCUCACCAGACUUGCCACUCGAGCCCCAGCUGGUCUGGAACCGGGAGGCGGCAAACUCGAGAAGGGAAAGGCCCCAAUAUCGGACUCCAUCCGAGAAACCCUUUACCGAUAUAUCCUAGAGGACUUUCGCGGUCGCGUGAACAUUGGCAUCAUGUGGCUUAAUGAGGAAUGGUACAACGACCGGAUGCAAAUGGAGUUCACUGCGCAGCAACGGCGCGGAGAGGACGAGGAGGUAACAGUCCCGUUACACUACGAUCACUGGGUCCUGCGACUCCUGGAUGGGUUCCUCCCGUACCUGGACUCUCGAGACACGAAGAUUCUCAUCCGCUUCCUCAGUGAGAUACCCGAAGUGACGAUCCCUAUCACCAAGCGAGUGGCCAGUUUAGCAAAGGAUCCAGAACGCGUGAAUCUAUGCAUUCAAUCUCUACUAUAUCUGAUCAUGUUCCGGCCCCCCGCACGGGAGAUGUGUCUCAACGCCCUCGAGGACGUCUACGAUACCUGUAUGUUGCAUUCUUCCCCCGCACAGACUACCCCGACGCUAACCAUCCUACCCCACACUUUAGACGAAGAAUCCCGUCCCUUGGCCGGUAAACUACUCGCCAAAUGGCGUCCCAAGAAGACCGAAGGACAGCAACAGCAAGAACACGAAGGGCAACAAACACCAUCUCAGACUCCUCAAUCUCAGCAGCAGCAACAGCAGCAGCAAACCAUCCUCGCAUCCCGUCCCAUCACAUCAUCGGAAUCCCAUACCCCCCUCACCAACGGCACGGAAGAAUCGAACCCCACUCCCCCGCCGCCACAACAGCCACAACAACAACCAGAUGCCACCCCGGCCACCACCUGA